ACGAGGAGGGGCUCUCUUCCGGGAGGAGGGCAACUGCUAACCCGGAAGCGGUCGGCAGUGCGGCGCUGUUUAAAGAUGGCGGCGGAGGAGCCUCAGCAGCAGAAGCAGGAGUCGCUUGGCAGCGAUUCCGAAGGUGUUAACUGUCUUGCCUAUGAUGAAGCCAUCAUGGCUCAGCAGGACCGAAUUCAGCAAGAGAUUGCUGUGCAGAACCCUCUGGUCUCAGAGCGGCUGGAGCUCUCUGUCCUAUACAAAGAGUAUGCUGAGGAUGACAACAUCUAUCAACAGAAGAUCAAGGACCUUCACAAAAAGUACUCGUACAUCCGCAAGACCAGGCCUGACGGCAACUGCUUCUAUCGAGCUUUCGGGUUCUCCCACUUGGAGGCCUUGCUGGAUGACAGCAAGGAAUUGCAGCGGUUUAAGGCUGUGUCUGCCAAGAGCAAAGAGGACCUGGUGUCCCAGGGCUUCACUGAGUUCACAAUUGAGGAUUUCCACAACACGUUCAUGGACCUGAUCGAGCAGGUGGAGAAGCAGACCUCAGUGGCCGACCUGCUGGCCUCCUUCAACGACCAGAGCACCUCGGACUACCUGGUGGUCUACCUGCGGCUGCUCACCUCUGGCUACCUGCAGCGCGAGAGCAAGUUCUUCGAGCACUUCAUUGAGGGUGGGCGGACCGUCAAGGAGUUCUGCCAGCAGGAGGUGGAGCCCAUGUGCAAGGAGAGUGACCACAUCCACAUCAUCGCACUGGCCCAGGCGCUCAGCGUCUCCAUCCAGGUGGAGUACAUGGACCGCGGCGAGGGUGGCACCACCAACCCCCACAUCUUCCCUGAGGGCUCCGAGCCCAAGGUGUACCUUCUCUACCGGCCUGGACACUACGAUAUCCUCUACAAAUAGGGCUGGCCCUGGCCUGCCGCUGCCCUGCCUGCCCUCCCCUCUGCCAGGCGCUAGACAUGUACAGAGGUUUUUUUGUGGUUGUAAAUGGUCAUACUUCACUCCCCCACCCCCUUCCCUGUCACAUGACCUUCCAUGUUUUAUUAAAGGGGACGCUGGUGGUGA